AUGGAGCAAGGAAUGCAGGCCUACAAGCUGGAAAAGGUUCCUCUUCUGUGGACGGUCACCGCCCCCUGCCCUCUCAGGAGCUUCAUCUUGGAGCUUUCUUCAGCCAGAGAGGCAGCUCCUGAAGCCAGAUGGUCCCAGGACAGGCCCAGCCCCUCAGACCUGGAGAUGCCGCUGCUGCUGCCCCUGCUGUGGGCAGGGUCCCUGCAGGACGCUCCCAGGUACAAGGUGCAAGUGCAGGAAUCAGUGAUGGUGCAGGAGAGCCUGUGUGUCCUCGUGCCCUGUACCAUCUCCUGUGUCGGGGCCGGCUGGAAUGACCCCACACCUGCUUACGGCUCCUGGUUCCAGAAAAGCGGUUAUUCCUCGAAGGAUGUUCUCAUGGUCACGAACAACCCAGCUAGGAAAGGAAAAUCGAAGACCAGAUUUCCAUUCCGCCUCUCCGGGGACCCCUGGACCAACAACUGCUCCCUGAGCAUCGCGGACGCCAAGAAGGCAGAGAGUGGAUACUAUUAUUUUCAACUGGAGAGAGGAGGGGAUGUGAGAAACACUUACAAAAGUGCCCUGCGCACCGUGAACGUGAGAGCGCUGACACAGACCCCCGACAUCCAACUGAACGAGCCCCUGGAGUCCGGCUGGCCUGGCCACCUGACGUGCUCUGUGCAGGGCGCCUGUUUCGAGUUGAUGCCCCCCAUCAUCUCCUGGAUGGGGGCUGCCCUGGGAGCCCCGGGCCUGGACUUGAGGGCCUGUCACUCCUCGGAGAUCUCGCUCAGCCCCCGCCCGCAGGACCACGGCACCAACCUCACCUGUCAGGUCACCUUCCCCAGGGCUGGCGUCAGCACCGAGAGGACACUCAGACUCAGUGUCUCCUAUGCUCCACAGAACCUGACCAUCAGCAUCUUCCGAGGAAAUUGCACAAAACUGAAAUACCCAGGGAAUGGCUCACUUCUUUCAGUCCUGGAAGGAGAGUCUCUGCGCCUGGUCUGUGUCGCUGACAGCAACCCUCCGGCCACACUGAGCUGGGCCAAGGGGAGCCGGACCCAGCCCCUCCAGGGCUCAAAGCCUGGGGUCCUGGAGCUGCCCCGGGUAGAGUCGGGGCAUGAAGGCGAAUUCAUCUGCCGAGCUCAGCACCCUCGGGGCUCCCUGCGCCUCUCCCUGCAUGUCUCUGUGCAGAGUGAGUGUGGGAGGAGGGAAAGCACCCAGGGAGGGGACACCUGGGUCCUGGGGAGGGCAGAGGCACUGCUGACCUUCUCCUCCCUCCCCACAGACCCCCCCCCCCAGCUGCUGGGACCCUCCUGCUCCUGGGAGGAUGAGGGUCUGCACUGUGUCUGCUCAUCCCGAGCCCAGCCGGCCCUCUCCCUGCGCUGGUGGCUGGGGGAGGGUCUGCUGGAGGGGAACAGCAGCAACGCCUCCUUCACGGUCACCUCCAGCUCCACUGGGCCCCGGGCCAACAGCUCCCUGAGCCUCAGAGGGGGACUCAGCUCUGGCCUCAGACUCAGCUGCGAGGCCACGAAUGUCCACGGGGCCCAGAGCGCCACUGUCCUGCUGCUGCCAGGGAAGCCUGAGCUUGGGGAAGGAUUCGUUACAGGGGCUGUCGCAGGAGCUGGUGUUGCUGGCCUGCUCAGUCUCUGCACCUGUCUCCUCUUCCUCAUAGUGAAGAUCUGCAGGAAGGUGGCACCUGAGGUGGCAGCUGGUGAGGAUAAGCCCUCCAUGCUGGGUCCUCUCUCCUCGGGUUACCAACGUGAAUGUCCGCCAGACAGCCCCCUAGACCACCUGCCCCCAGCUGUGGCCGCCCCCGCCUUGGGAGAGGAGCAGGAGCUCCAUUACGCCUCCCUCAGUUUCCACGAGCUGAGGCCCCGGGAGCCUCGGGACCAGGAGGCCACCAGCACCACCGAGUACUCAGAGAUCAAGAUCCGCAGAUGACGGCCCAGCUCUGGCGACCUCAGGCUGGAGGAUCCAGGGCCUCUCCAGGAAGGGAGACAUCAGGGGAAAUUCCUGAGGGUACAGUUUUCCAUGCAAAUGGGCUGCCAACUAGUAUAUGGGAGUCCUACUGCUGUGGUGACUGGUGGGCAGAACUGGGCUCAGAUUUCGCCCUGUCACCAACUACAAGCGUGAGUUUGAGCAAGUCACUUGGCUUCUCAGUCUCCCCCUCUGUAAAAUGGACACAAUGAACCUAAUUCACAGGGUGGUUGUGGGGCGUCAAGGCAGUGAUCAACAGAAAGCCUCCAACAGGGUGCGUGGGCAGAGAGCACCGUGCCCGAGGCCUUGCCUCUUCCUGGGGCAGCCUGGCUGGUAUAGGGUGCAGUCAUCCCGGCCCAUAUGGG